AUGGAGGUGACAACAACCAGAGAAGAGGUUAUAGAGGCUUUGAAGGCGAAAAUUGGCAAAACAACAGAUGAAACUCCUAGAAUAGGAGAUUUGAGACCAUAUGCCCAGAGCAGAAAGGCGGUAACAGUUGAGGUCGAUCAAAAGACAGCCGAGAAACUGAUGGAAGACAGUAGCAUCAGAAUAGGACUCGCCCUAUGUAAUAUAGAGCAAAGAGCUAAAAUAACCAAAUGCUUGAGAUGCUGGUCACCAUCGCACCUGGUAAGGGACUGCAACGGCGAGGACAGAAGCAAUUGGUGUUACAAUUGUGGAGGACAAGACCAUCUAGCCAAGGAAUGUAAAAGUGAUCCGAAAUGCCCAGACUGUAAAACAGAGGGACAUAGUGCGGGCACGGGAAGAUGUCCAAUAUAUAGCAAAUAUCUUCAAAAACUUAGAAGUGAAGGCAAAGACAAUAAAGAGCAAAUUAAGAAGACCAAUGAAUCACAUGACAAAGAAACAAAUAAGUUAGAACCGAAAAGAACUGAUGCGAAAGAAGUAGUUACCGAAAAACCUCUAGAAACAGAACAAAUGGACACAGACACAAAUAAACAGCAGGAACAAAAAGACGACUUCAAGAUAGUAGCGAAAGGCAAAAAAGGGAAGAGAAAAGGAAGGACCGCGGAGAACAUCCAGGAAACCUCCCCCGAAGUCCCAAGAAAAUAA